GAGGAGUAACAGACUGGAGUAGAAAGGGACAAGAGACGGACCAAGAAGAAGAUGAAGAAAGAGGGGAAAUAGGACGAGGUGAAGCCAGCGACUGUGGCUCUGAGCGCUCGGCUGAUGACGUGAAGCGCUGCUGCACGCACAUCUGGAACAGCUUGUGCAGCUGCACCUGAAGAGAAGGGCUCCUCCGCAAAGCCUCUGCCGGCACUUUCUCUAUCUCCCUCGUGCUCUUUUUUUUUUUCUUUUUUUCUCUUGCUGUCUCUAAAUCUUUCUCUCUCUGUUCUCCGCCUGCCGGAGCGUUGGAAUGGUUACCCGCUGAGCAUCAGCAAAGAAGAGCGAGUGAACCGAAGCGAAGGAGAAGAGGGGAGAGGAAGGCACAAGAGGACAGUAACAUGGGAAGUAAUUAUUAGGCAUGAGGUAAGAGAGAGAAGUUGACAACCAGAGUAUGAGAGCAAGUGAAGAAGAAGAGAGGGAGAAAGACGGAGAGGCAGCGAGAGGAUUAAAAAGCCGGAAUGCGCUGACACAGGAGACCUGAGUUUCUGUUUGCAUUUGGCACAGCACGUCCUGUCACUCCACAGGUUUAUCCUCACAUGCACGAAUUUACCAGCACACACACACCCACUCACACCCACUGUUUGCUUUGGAGGAUGAUCCCAGGAGGCCACGCCAGGAGAAGAGAACACCUUCCCAGGAUCUGUUAACCCCCCUUCACCCCCUGAGCUUCCCAAAAGUGCCCUCCCUCCGGCCCUCUACCUGCACCAGUCACAACACGCUGGAGCUGGAGAGUCACACUCACUGAGAGCUGAGAAGCUCUGGAUUGCCCACGGGACGCGGCCGCAGUCACACUGGCUGAGAAAGAGCUCUACUGAUCCGCUGACCUGCAGGAUGUCCAAAGCCUCCAGGCUGGCCCGGCCUUCCUCCAUAGGGGCCGGAUCCAAGCCGCCCCCCUCCAGGAAGGAAUGCCCUGGCACGGCCGGUCGAGUCCGGGUGCUGAGCGUAGGGGAGAAGCUGAUGAGGGCAGGUAGCGACGGCAUCCUUAGCAGACAGAAGUCUUUAAAGGCCGCCGCGCCACAGGACAAAGCGCAGAGCGAGACGCAGACUGAAACUCAGGCCCCCAGCCAGAGUCCAGGUGAGAAGGGACAAAAUAUGGAGAUGGUCUAUCCCAAGAGCAGGAUCAGCCCACCCAAAGCCUCAAGUCAGCAGCAAGGCUCUGUGCACAAACAAACCAAAAGCAACCUGAAGGUGACCUCCCCAGAGGACGCCCAGCACGUAAGCCGCAGACAGGCCUCCCCAAAUGGGACGGCCCCUUCGAGAGGGGACGCCAAAGGCAGCCGCACGGUCCCUCGGAGACACACGUUAGGGGGAGCCCGUGGCUCUCGAGAGAUCCUAGCUAUGCAGCCGCCAGACAUGGACAAGAAGAGGGAGGCCUUCCUGGAGCAUCUGAAGCAGAAAUACCCCCAUCAUGCCUCAGCGAUCAUGGGCCACCAGGAAAGGCUGCGAGAACAGUCUUUACAGGGCAUGCUCUCCUCCCUUCACUCUGAGCUUGACAUUCAGUGCUACUUGAUGAAAAUCCAAUUGCCCCACAGAAGCAGAAGCCCAAAGCACGGCCCACAGCCCGGCGGCGGCGACCAGGUUGACCACCUCUCCCUGGCCUCCCUGGACUCGUUGGACGCCAUGUCUGAGUCCGACGCACCCACAGCCUUCACCCGCGGCAGCCGGGUUCGCGCUAGCCUGCCCGUGGUGCGAUCGACAAACCAGACUAAGGACCGCUCGCUAGGUGUGCUGUACCUGCAGUACGGGGACGAGACCAAACAGCUCCGCAUGCCUAAUGAGAUCACCGGCAUCGACACCAUCAGAGCUCUGUUUGUUAGUGCCUUCCCGCAGCAGCUCAACAUGAAGAUGCUGGAGUCGCCCAGCGUCGCCGUGUACGUCAAAGACGACAUGAGAAAUAUGUACUACGAGCUCACUGAUGUCAGGAACAUCACGGAUCACUCCUGCCUGAAAGUGUACCACAAAGACCCGGCGCAGGCGUUCAGCCACGGGCCGAGACCUGCCAAUGGCGAUGCCAGGAUGCACAGUGAGAUGGUGCAUGCCGUUCGUGAUGGCCCACAUCCUCUGAGACAGCCCCCCAUGGGUCCCCCACCACACCACCCCAUGCAGGGAGCACUUCCUCCGAGCCCCCACUCCAUGCCCCCAUCCCCCUCCAGAAUCCCAUUCGGCCCACGGCAGGGAUCUAUACCUGGCAACGCCACUCUCCCAAGGGAUCGGCUGUCUAAUGCCAACCCUCCGGCCCGCUCCAUCUCGCCCUGUCCCAGCGCCAUCCUGGAGAGACGGGACGUCAAGCCGGAUGAGGACCGGAGCACUAAAAGCCACAGUCUAUCCAGGGGAAAUGAGGGGUUGUAUGCAGACCCGUACUUGCUCCAUGGACCACACCAAAGCCCUGGGCUUGAUGGUCCAGAUCAUGUCAUGGGGGGAUUUCACCGUGCCUCCAUCCGCUCCACAAGCUCUUACAGCGGGCCCAGCCCAACAGACACUAUGGAUCACCCCUCUCUGUACAGGCAGAAGUCCAGAAACAGCCAGCUGCCUACGUUGGGCUCCAAGACUCCUCCACCAUCCCCUCACCGGAUGACGGAGGUACGGAUGAUUGACAUCCAUGGCGGGCCUCCUCAUGGCGGGCCUCCUCAUGGCGGGCCUCCUCAUGGCAUGCCACCUCAUGGUGUGCCUCCUCAUGGCGUGCCACCUCACGGCGUGCCACCUCACGGCAUGCCACCACAUGGUGUGCCACCUCAUGGUGUGCCACCACAUGGUGUUCCCAUGGAUAGAAGCUCACCUGUGCGCCAGUCCUUCAGGAAGGAGGAGGUGGCAGGGACCAAGCCCCGGAACAACAUGGGAUCACCUGUAGUUUCAGACCUCCAGGGUCACCUCCAGGGGCCCAUCCCAGCGGCCAAUGAGCAUCAGACACGAGUGCGAAUGAAGGCUAUGGAGCAACAGAUUGCCAGCUUGACUGGUCUUGUUCAGCAUGCACUUUUAAAGGAGCCAAACACUAGUGGCACCAAGGAGCUACUAAGCGAGAGACCGCCGAAGACAUCCUCUCCAGCCCACAGCGCACACAGCUCAGGUGGUUCCCCAGUCUUGGCUCCCAAGAGCAACGCAGCUCCAUCAGACAAGGCUCCUCUCAAAGUCAACCUCCUGCAGUUCAGGAAGAACGUCUCUGACCUCAGGAUGCAACUCCAUCAGAUGAGACAGCAGCAGCUCCAGAACCAGGAGGCGUUACGAGUCCAGCUGAAGCGGGCAGAGCAGGAAAUCAGUGUUAAACUUGCGGAGGCCAUGCGGGGUCUGGAGGACCCUGUUCAGAGGCAGAGAGCUUUGGUGGAAGAGGACAGGCACAAGUACUUGGGCCUGGAGGAGCGUGUCCUCACACAACUCGGUGAGCUGGAGCAGUAUGUCGGCUCUCUGCAGAAAGACUCGGCAGCGACACAAAGAGUGGUGACCCUGAAGGACGUAGAGGAGGGAGCUGUGACUCUGAGGAAGGUGGGAGAGUCUCUGGCAGGGCUCAAAGGAGAGUUCCCAGCCCUACAAACCAGGAUGCGGUCCGUGCUCCGGGUGGAAGUGGAAGCUGUUAAGUUUCUGAAGGAGGAGCCUCAUAAACUGGACAGCAUGCUGAAAAGGGUCAAGAGCCUGACUGACACACUCAGCAGUCUGAGAAGAUGUGCUAGUGAGGGCUCUCAGAAAGGACCUGAACCCUCUGCUAAUGUCCCAGUGGACAACAGCCCUUCAGCAGCAGCAGAAUCUCCCGCAGCAUCAGUCCAGCCCGGCUCCCCGCUGGAGCCCCAGAGCUCCACCAUCAAAUCGGAGGUGAUGCCUUCCUCUCCAGUGGUCAUCCAUCAUGUCCAGAGCUCCCCGGUCCUCAUCCAGCAGUCCCAGCAGUCUGCGGCCCUGACGGCUCAGCCCAGUCCGCCACUCACCCCCAGCCCCUCUCACACCCCAAGUCCCAUCCCGACCAAGAUUCAAGGUCGUGAAUCUCCCAAGGGGGCAGCCUCGGAUCCACCGAGUCCCGCCCGUCAAAAGAAGACGCAAGGGAACCCGGUGAAUAAUGGCAACGGCGCUCCCACCCAGGGUCUGGUCAUAGAGGAGCUCCAGACCAGUCAGGACAAGAGCAAAAACAGAGCUAUGUCCAUAGAGGCAGCAGAGAAGGAGUGGGAAGAGAGGAGGCAGAACUUGGGUCAUUAUGAUGGGAAAGAGUUCGAGAAGAUCCUCCAGGAGGCCCAGUUCAACAUGAUGAAGGGCAUUCCCAGUCUAGAGGUGGAGGAGAACCCAGCACUGCCCCCUGCUUACCCUGCAGAACAAGCAGACAUCAACAACACUGUGGAGUCACCGACAGAGCCCCAGUCUGAGCCUCCCUCUGACAAACCAGGCAAGAAGGUGCCUGAGAAACUCCCAAAGCCUGUGAUGGUGGAGAAACCAGCCAAACCUGCACCGGAGAGACCCCCCAAGACUCCUACUACCAAGCCGGCGCCCACUGACAGCUUUACCAAGCAAGGGUCUGAAAAGUCCUGCAAGUCCCCACCACCACCUCCUCCAAGGAAGACCUACUCCAGCUCAAGCUCAGGCAUGACCACCACACGCUCUGGAGAAGUGGUCUACACCAGCAGAAAAGAGUCUGUCUCGGCUCAGGAGGGUGAAGAGGACACUCCACCUCCCAGUCCCCUACCCAAACCCAACAAGGUUCCACCAGAGACCAAGCCGAAGCCAGCCACCCCUCCCCCCGUCACCGCUUCUGUUACCACAGAAGAGGAGGAUGAAGGGGACAAGAUCAUGGCAGAGCUCCAGGUUUUCCAGAUGUGCACGGUUAAGGAUGUAGGGGUGAAAAAUUUGGUAGAACCCACCUCUCGAAUUGAACCGCAAAUCAGAGAGCUAAGACCGGGGCCCUUAUUGCCCCUCAAAGAGAAAAAGCAGAGCUCAGAGCCUACUCGAGAGGAUAAAGACCCCGACACAGAUGAAAAUGGGAACACUACUGUCCGACAGAGCAAAGGGGUCAUAUACUAUGUGACUGGCCAGAUUCCCAAAGAGCCUCCACCGCCGCCAGGAACGGAGGAAACCCCCGAACACCGAGAGCCUCCAUCACAGGUGUCAAAUGUCAAUGUUAACGACAAUUCUCCAAGCCAGCAGCAGCAGCGGCCGCCACCACUGUCUCCACCACUGUCUCCACCACUGUCUCCACCGCCCAAAUCACCUGUAUCACCUCCACCCAAAUCACCUGUAACACCUCCACCUAUAUCACCCAAACCCGUGGGACUGAAAUUCAAACUUCCGAGGACGCAAAUGAAACGCUCCGAGUCCUUGAAGACCGGCGCAGAAAUGGAGAAGGGGAAAAUCCUCCACAAAAUUAACACUGAAAAGAAAAGUAAAAUCAUCCAGCUACGUGUUUCUAGUAAGAAUAUAAAACCUGAGCCUGUGGUAACCACGACAACCAGCACCAUAAAAGAGGCGCCUGUUGCUCUACCAAAAAAGGCUCCUAGCGAGGACAACGAUCCACCUAAAGCUAUCUGUGAGGAGGCAUAUGAGGAGGCUAGUCUUAGUCCUGACUUACCUGGAGAAGAGGCGCCGCCGCCCCCUGACAACAUAGCGUUUAUGAUCACCAACACCAAAGUUCAGGCCCUGUCCUGUGGCGAGUACCAGGAACUGGUCAAUGCCAAGAAAGGAAACGUCCAGACUGUUACUGUAGGCAACGCCACUAACCGAGGGAACGGCACAGAGGAACCCAGUGAGCCACAGGAUAACGGCUUCAACAGGAAGCCCGUCAUCAUCAUUUUCGACGAGCCCAUGGACAUCCGUUCAGCGUACAAGCGCCUGUCCACCAUCUUUGAAAGUGAGGAUGAGCUGGACAGGAUGCUGGCGUCGGAGUGCAUCGAGGAGGAGAGCGAGGAGUCGGAUACGGAGAGGAGUAGCGGGCUGCAGGUUAAAACAGGAGGGACCGAGUUGGUUGACGGCAAAAACGUCACCACUUCACAGGCCGCUGCAGACCACGUUAGCUUGUCAUCCUCAUCUUCGUCUUCCGUCUCUGAGCUGACAGACAGUGGAGUGAACUCAGAGUCAAACGGUGACGCCAAGCAGGACGGUAAGAAGAAGUUCAAGUUUAAGUUCCCGAAGAAACAGCUGGCAGCGCUGACCCAGGCGAUUCGCUCGGGCACCAAGUCAGGAAAGAAGACUUUACAGGUGGUCGUGUACGAAGACGAAGAGGAGUCCGACGGCACUAUCAGGGAGCACAAAGAAGCGAAGAGAUUCGAGAUUACGCGCUCAAAAUCCUUAGCGGACGCUCCCAAGGCGACGCCGCUGAAGAGGCAGAACUCCGACUCCAUCCUCAGGACGGAUGAGAUCAAGAAGAACACCUACAAGACGCUGGACAGCCUGGAGCAGACCAUCAAGCAGCUGGAGACCACCAUCAGUGAGAUGGGACCGCUCUCCCCAACGGAGCCGGUCGCCACGGAGGAAGCUAUGGCAGGGAAUGGGAAAAGCUCAGACGGAGUGGGGCUGAAGAGGUCUUCCUCUCUCCCUACCUCCAGAGGGUCAGGCCCUAAGGUACCCAGCAAACUCUCACUGCUGAAGAAGACUAAACCUCAGCUCCUUCCUCGCCCUGUAGUCAUCCCUACUACCACCACCACCACUGUCCCCAGUGCCCCCAGCACCGUACAACAGAUCCCCUUGCAGAACACCAGUGUCGCUUCCCCUACUAGUCGGAUGCCCGUCCCUUUGUCUGCGAAGUCCAGGCAGUCGCCGGGUACUACUGACAAAGCGGGAAAACAGCAAAAACUGCAGGACGCUCAGAGGCAGUUCCGACAGGCUAACGGAAGUGCUAAAAGAGUGGGAGGGGAUCAUAAAACUACUUCCCCUGCUACACCCACCUCUAAAAUCCCUGCUUUUUAUCCUAGCUCUCCUAAAGGCAGCUCCCAGUCUGCACAAAACUCAGAUGCUACUAAUCCCAUUAACCCUUCCUCUUCCUCCUCUGUGACAAAGUCCUCCAUCCUGUCCUCUCACGCUCCCCGUUCCGUUCCCCAACCCUCCUCCCACAUCCCCUCCCUGUCUAACGGAUGCCUCAAACUCCCCACGCCCUCCUCACAGCACACAGGUAAAACUCUCUCGUUCUCCUCGCAGCCUCAGAAUGGUCGAGUGCACUCCUCCUCCUCCUCUUCAUUCUCCUCCUCCUCAUCCUCCUCCUCCUCCCCCUCCCCUCUGUCGCCCACACCUUUGGGCCCAGGUGGAAAGAGCAUCCGCACCAUACACACCCCCAGCUUCACCAGCUACAGAUCCCACAACGGCAGCAGCGGCAAAUCCUGCAUCCCAACAGCCACAGCAGCUAAGGACGCUACCUAGCCCCGUGUUACCGCCCCUCUGGCUUUACCGCAUAGCAGGUAGAGCUGCUCAUGUUUCAUUUGAUAUGGUUUUCUUUUCUGUUUUUGUGAAAGUAUUAAGCGAUGCACUCCCCUACUUCAUGUUUUAUUUGACACUGGCAUUCUUGCACCAAUAUCUCCUUUAAGUUGCAAUUUACAGUUUUGAAAAAUACUUUCUUUCUUGGAGGUGUACUAGAUGCUCUGACAAAAUAUUUUAUAAUGGAACUAAAAAAAUAUUUAGUUUGACCACUUUGUAGUCGAAGUGGAAGGCUGUCAUGGUGUUGAAAAUCUAUUUUUCUUGCUGUAGCAAUGAAUAGGGAAUAUAGAGUUGAUGUACAAUCACAGAGUACCAUGUAAAAAUGUUGUUUUAUUUUUCAAACCAGAGAUUGAAUAACCAUAGUAUAUUUAAUCUUCUAUAUUUCUUAUGUUGCCAGACAUCCAACACAGCCCUUGUAAAUGCCUUUUAUGAGUGUAUACAGACAUUUUAAAGUUGAACUCAUUGUUAACUUCUGUUUUCUAAGAGGAUUUUCUCAUUUUUCACUGCCAAUUUCUUUUACAGAUGUGUAAAACUGGUAUCAUAAGUAAUACAAGUUUUCAUUUUAGUGUGCCUAUUUGCCAAAGUUGUUGUACAAUGACUCACUUCAAGCCUAACCCAGUCACAAGAUUUAGGGGAAUUUACAUGCACUCUCUUGGUGUGAUGGCUGAAGUGUUGACCUCAGUGUUUGCACACUGCUGGUCUUGGUUUGUUAAGUUAACAUGUGUUGUUGUCUAAAUGUAAACUGUACUAAAAACAAAGUGAAUCAGUUCUACCACGUGUACAUAGACGCUUCUACUAAGAAAAUAAGUAGUUUUGUUAACAUACCAAAGUUUAUUUGUAUGCAUGCCUUUCAAAUACUUUAGGAGAGUGGUGUAAAAGAAGAAUUAUGUUUGCACAGAUAGAUUUUUGUAAAUAUCUGGUUUUCUCUCAUUUUUGUAAAGCUUUAAAUCAUACUAUAAAGGAGCAAUGUGGUAAAGACAAAAACUGUGUUGGAGUAGCAAAAAUAAAGACGUGCAUGCUUGUAAUGCAUUGAGCUUCA